AUGAGUUGUGCUGUAGAUAUUUAUGAUUCUGGACCACAUUUCAAAUGGAUUACUCGUAAUAAUGUUGAUAUGAAUAGAGAAAAUAGUCGUCAUAUAAAUAAUGAUAAUAUAAGUUAUAAUCAAUUUAUGGAUUCAAUGCGUUUUACAAUUCAAGAUCUUGUUCAACAAGAAAGUUGUAUUGGUUCAUCAAAUUAUCCAGUUGAUAAACCAUCACGUCUUGUUCAAAUUGAAUGUCGUAAACCAGGAUGCCGUUGUGUACUUAAAAAUGAACGUGCUUUAGCUAUGAAAAUUGUUCCUGGUAUAACAUUAGUUCAAGCUGAAUGGUUAUUACCGAAUUCUGUUGUUUCAAGUAGUGAAAAAUCACGAUUGAAUCAUACUUCUCAACAUACUGUAAAUAAUACAUCUAAUAAUAAGAUUGCUUACAACCAGAGUUUACCAAACUUUAAUCAAAUUAAAUCAUCUUGUCCACAUUCUGUUGUUCUUACUUCCUGUUGUCCAUCUUGGUUCGAAUUAGUACGAAGAAAUGUUAUUGGACCAUCUGAUAAUGGACCUCAAAUUUGUCCAGAAGUUCCUGUUUGGUCAAGUUGUAAAGCGGUUUGGCGAGCCAAACCAAAAUUUAUUCUAUUAAGAAAAGAUACUCAGUGUUUAUUCGCAACUAAUACUCAGUCACUUACCAUGAGUUCAACUGAACUACUUAAAAAGGAUGAUCGUUCCACUAUAACAUUAGAUGCAGAUAAUAUUGGUAUUCUUCGACCUGGAACUGUAUUACAACUAAUUGAUUGUCGACUGUGUCGUCUUGUACACAAAGAAGAUCAAAUUUCUUAUCGGCUUUCUGCGCGUCAUCGUUCAAAACCUGUUUCUAUGCUUCAAUGUGCAGUUGUUGGUGGUAAAGCAUUAGCUGCUUUAGCUUCAUCAAUUACAAAUUUAUCUUCCCAAGAUGCAUUGAACUGGUUCAGUACUGGUCCUCGUUUAGUUUAUUUAUCUUUAGCUUCGAAAUCGAUAAUGUGCAGUCCCGUGAAAACAACAUCCACAGUUAGCGUAAAUAAUAAUUAUGGUAAUCAUAUUAAGAAUUCUAGUCAAAUUAAAUUAUCAGGCAAUGAAACAGAUUACGGCAUUUUCGAUAAUGGAGUUCAUAGUAUCUUAUCGUUACUGAGCACUUAUCGACUCCCUUUAAUUACACGUCCUGUAGUUGGAUUACGUUCAAGUGAAUGGUUCUUCAUGGGAAAAUGUACAAAUCACUCGUUAAUAUCAAAUCCAGACUCUGUCAAUAUGCAUUCAUUAUUACAGAUAUUCUCAUGUCAUCAUGGGGACCUUAUAUUUCUAGAACCUUUAUCCGAUUGCACUAAAUCUGUUUAUCAGAAUGAAUCAUCAAAUGAAGCAAUUAAAAGUCGGUUUUUUGUAGUUACCACUGAUAUGUUAUUACAUCAUAAUUUCUUAGUUGCAGACUCACAAACAUGUCAAGCAUAUCAACAACAACUUGAAAUACAUGCAUUUAGAGUAUCACACUUUCUAGCUGCAUGUCAUCCUGUUCAAGGUUUAACAUAUAUUUUAAAACAUUUAGAAGAUAUUACACAUUCAUCAAAUACUGGACCAUCAUAUAUUCCAUUGACUAGAACACUUGGACCAAUUACUAAUCGUUUCAAUACUAUUGCUAUUCAAUCGGCUAUCUCAAGUAUAGCUGCAAUUGCUUCUUUAACUAUGCAUGAAGAAUCUAAUGAUAUACCAAAUGAUCCAUAUCAAUUGAAUGAAAUUCAACCGAAAAUAUUAAAUUAUUUAACAUUACAUAAUAAUAAUAAUAAUAAUACUGUCUCUACUACCACUACAACUACUACUAAUUAUCAUAAUAGUAGUAAUUAUAAUUCCAUGCAUACAUCAUCAAUCGAUAUUAAUGAUUCUUACCAUUCCGCUAAUUGUUUAAUCAAUACUACUAAUUUACAUACUCAAUCUAGUUUAUCAUCAUCAUUAUUUGCUAGUGAAGUUGAUGAAAUGAAUGCAUUAUGCGAUGAAAUUGAAGAUAUUUAUUUUUAUGUACGUAAUGGACAUUUUCCAAUGCAAUCUCAUUCAUUAUCUUCUUUAGUACAUCAUAAUCAACCUCAUCAUCAUCAUCAUCGUCAUCAUUAUGAAAAGAGUAAUACAUAUUUGAAUAAUAAUUCAUCAGCGCCAAUAUCUCCACGUUUAAAUAAAUUAAUGACUAAUACUAAUAUGACGAAUCAAUAUAUAUCCAAUAAAAUAAUCAAUAAUCAAUCAAUAAUCAAUGAACAUACCAUAGAAACUAAUAAUACAAUGGAAACUAAUAAAAAAUAUUAUAAAAAUUUAGAGGAGAAUUAUUAUCAAUUAAGUAAUAUUCCAGUGAAAAUUACUAGUAAAGCACCAGUUUUAUUGAUUCGUCCUAAACCAUGUCAUGAUUAUCAUCAUCAUCAUCAAAUAGAUGAGAAUAAAAGAAAGGGGAUUACUCAAUUAACUAAUACAACUAAUCAACAAAAUAACUGUCAUACUACUACUACUACUACUAUUACUGAUUCAAGUUAUUUCAAUGUAUAUGAUAUGAGUUAUGGUAAUUAUUCAUUUACUGAAACACCCAUUACAACGAAAUCAUGUCAUCAAUCCAUUCAAUCAUUAUCAUCAACUAUAAAUGAUCAUAUAAUUAAACCUAGUCAAAUUGUAGAUAGUAAACCACAUGUCUUGUCAUAUACUUUUACCCCAAUUACUACUAUUAAUAAUAAUAAUAAUAAUAAUAAUAAUAAUAAUAGUACUUGUCGAAAUGGUAGUUCAAUGGCAUUUACUCCUUUGUUAUAUUCUUCCACUUCUUGUAAUAAUCCUAUUAAUGAAAGUUUCCCUCAUUCUACAACAACAUAUGAACGUGGACGUGUUAAUUUCGCUGUACCAUCAUUGUUACAAGAGAAUACAGCAAUAACAACUGGAUAUUAUGUCACUCAAAAUAUUACGAAAUUGAAUAGUGAUAAUAAUAAUAAUAAUAAUAAUGCUAUUUCAUGUACAUAUUUAGUUAGUCAAUCUGUUCAACAACCAUCAUAUUCUGGUAUGUUUUCAUCUUAUUGUUCAUAUCUACCUGGAUUAACAACAACAUCUUGUUCUAAUAUGAUGAAUCGUUCAUCGAAGCCAUUGUUUACGACAUCAGCAUUGAAUAUAUCAUCAUCUAAACAUGAUUGUAUAUAUGAUAGAAAUGAUAAUAAAAUAGAAGAAUGUAUUUAUGAUGAACCAAAGGAAGAAUAUUAUUCAAUAUCAACACCAUUGAAACAACAACAAUACAAGACUACUUGUAGUAAUAAUAAUAAUAAUAAUAUGAAUACAGAUGUAUUAAAUAAUUCAACAUAUGAUUAUGGAUAUAAUUUGUCUUCAUCGAAUCAUCAUAGUAAACGUCAUCUUAGUUUAUCCUCAUCUCACAUUCAUCCGUCUAUCAGUCGUUCAAUGCAUGAAAGUAAUAACUCUUUGGGAAAUGUUUGGACUUCCUCGUUUUCUGUCAAUAAUAAUAAUAACAAUAAAACCAGUGUUUCCACUACUACGAAUAUCAGUAAAAGUAGUACUACUUUCCAGUCGAUUAGUAAUAUGUUCAACGACAAAAUGACUACUGCAGUCAAUUGUAUACAAAUUAUUCCAUCAAUGAGUAUUCCAUCAAAUGUUAUUCCUCAUUCAACGAUCACUAGUGCUACUACUACAACUACUAUUAGUAAAAAUAAUAACAAUGUAGGUUAUUAUUUCACAUCACAAGAUCAACCUUCUUCUAUGACAGCAAGUUUUCGUUAUCAAUCUGCACAGAAUUCCUCCUCAUCAAUACAACCACCACCACCUAUGCCACUGUUAUACCCGUCACCAGUAACAACGAGUCACACAUCUCGACUGUAUCAAUCCACUAUAAUAUCACCAUCUAUUGACAGGAAACAAAUCACUGCACGACCAUCGUAUAAACAUGUGACUUCAACUACAAAUUUAGAUUUCGGUAUGCAUCAUAAUCAUUCAACAAUUCCUUCACCAUUAUCCACUAUGUUGUUAUUACAGUCGCCUAAACUUAAACGUACUGAAUUAACUAAUUCAUCACCAGACACAGGGAUCGGUAUAGAAAGUACAUAUGAUCAGCAAACUACUCCUUGUACAGGUGGAUCUUUUAUGCCUUUAAAUGCAUAUCAUCAUUCAUUAUCUUCAUCAAAUAUGGCUGUUUGGUUACCAUCUGAACAACAUUGUCAACAGUGUAAUCGUGAAGAUUCUAUUACUAAACGUUCUACAAUUAAUAAUCGUAAUAUCAAUUAUCAUAGUAGUCCACAUAAACAUUUCACUUCAUGCAAAUUAACAACUUUUCCUGUACAAAACAAUCAUUUAAUGAAUUCCACUAUGAAUAUUAUCAAUACUACUAAUAAUCAUAAUAGUAAUAUAAAUCAACAAUAUGCUUAUCAAUUUUAAAUGAAUUACAACUAGUAAGCUCAGUCAUUUGUCUUCCGAAUAGGAUUUAUUCAAUAUCUUUAUAUAUUGAUGGAUAACCUUAUUAGAUGUAGAAUAUAUACAUUUGUAUAUGUUAAUUUCCGGUUUGUUCGCAUACCUUCCUUCAUUUCAGUACUCUAAGAAACAUGUAUACAUACACAUAUACAUAAUCCAUACAGAUAUCAGGUGUUUGUAUAGUCUUUUGUUCUGUUUAUUUCAAGACAGUUCCUUUUUUUUCACACACACUCAUUCUAUUUGAGUAGUACGCUUAUUUUAUUAAUGUGCUUCUUUAACCCUCUAUCCACCCCUCUCACUUAGUAUUGCCUUUAUUUCAUCAAUUUUAUUGCUAAGCUUACAAUUUAGUUACCAUGUCACUAUCAAUAGUAAACAUUAUUUAUUGCUAAUUAUUAAAAAAAACAACACAACUAUACUAACAUCAAUGGCAUAGCCUUAUGAUAAGUCAUUGCAUAUCUUUCUACCUUAUAGUCUUAUCGUUUCAUUAUGAUCCUUAUGGUUAAAAUACCAGCAAAUUUUUGAUCGACUAAUGAAGAUUCAGAUCACUUUUUUUCAUAAAAAAAACCUUGUUCAUAUGUAUAAACAUAAGAGAUAUACAUACGUACAUAUACGGGUGUACACGUGAACGAGAGUAAAGGGACACACAUACAUACAUUUUUACCAUGGAUUUAGUUGCCAUGUAUUUAUUUCCACCUAUUAUUCCAUAUAGAUAUUUGACAGCUAUGAUCACUAUUGACAAAAGGAAUAGUAAUGUAAUGAAUGCUUUUGUUGCCUUGUUUCUUCUCAUUUUUGAUCUUCGUUCCCUUUUUUGUUUUGUUUUUUGUUAUUGUCCUUAAUUUGUGUGUGUGUGUGUGUGUGUGAAAGAGAGAGAGACGGCCAAUAUUACAAAUGGAAGUAAUAUUGAAGAUAUAUAUUUUUAAGAAAUAUAUUUAUGCUUAUAAAAUA